GUCUUUUCCAGAGCAAAUUCCCGCUUCACUUUUCAUCUGUGUUUUUCACGUUUUUCCCUGGUUGUCCCAUUAUUUUGGCACUUCUGCUGAAGCACAGUGGUUCAGGAUGGAGCAGUAUCCCACAGCAGAGGAGGAGUACGAGCUCAUGUAUGGCGAUGAACUCGAAAUGAUGGAUGAAGAUUUCGAUGCUCCUCCGAAUAUCGUUGAUCCGCCGGCGGCAAAGCCUUCGGCAGUUCCGAAACCCACACAAGAUGUAUUCCCGGACAGUCCGGCACUGUCACAAAUCUCCAGAAUUGACAACAUUAAUCGGCGGCUUUUCGAUGAUAGUGAUUCACUUCCAAACGCCUCCACGCCUCUAGCCACUGAAAGAGCGGCCCCGGCGGAGCUUGUGCGGGCCAGAAAGCGCCGCCUGGAUGCGCUGUAUGAGGAGAAUCUGUUCAGCCCCGGGUGGCAAAUGAAGCAGCAGCAAAAAAAGCGGAAGAAUGAGGAAGAUCGCGAUCUCAGGAUGAUUGAGCAAAUUCUGGAGGCGAGAAAGAGGACUCAGGAGCUUGUGAAUCCCAUGAAGUCCAGUAACUUGACUCGUUUGGAGCAACUGCAUCGCUUCAAGAUGCAAAAUCUCUCAUAUUCGCUGCCGAAUUAUCCCUUCCAAACGCUCACGCGAAGCGACGGGGAGAGAAUCUAUGUCCGGACGCACAAUGAGGAGUUUAUGGCUGCUGCUGUGGACGAAGUAGGACUUGUGGGAAAGUUUACAUUCUCCCUGCUGGGCUCUGAGAAGGCGAAGGUGUGGAAUGAUGCUCGAGAAAUCACACUGAAGCGGAUUUCUGCACAGGAAAGUCCGCCAGAGAUUCAGGAAGUGAAUGUUCAGUCUCUGGACAGUCUCUGGGUGGAGAAAUACCGUCCCAAGCGCUAUCGGGAUCUCCUGUCGGACGAGACAACCAACCGCUGCUUACUGCAGUGGCUGAAGAUGUGGGAUAAAGUUGUCUUCAACAGGGACAAUCAGCAGAUUCAAGCGUCCGGAAAGCCGCUAAACACGUUUAACAAGCAAACAGGGAAAUUUGAGAGCAAUGGCGGCUGGAGAAAGAACUUUCGCACUAGGAAUAAUCUCUCAACCGAAUUGGAUGCCCUUGGAAGGCCGAUGCAGAAGAUUGCGCUACUCUCUGGGGCACCUGGACUCGGGAAAACCACUCUGGCUCAUGUCAUUGCUCACCACGCUGGCUAUGCAGUGCGAGAGGUGAACGCGUCUGACGACAGAACUGCUGAAGCCUUCAAGCAAGUUCUGGAGGAUGGAACUCAAAUGAAGUCAGUGCUGAACAGAGAUAAUCGCCCGAAUUGCCUUGUCUUUGAUGAAAUCGAUGGUGCUCCAGCGAAUUCAAUCGAUCUCCUGAUCAAGUUCGCCUCAGAUGCACUUAAUCCUGUCCAGAAAGGCAGCAAGAAGGGUGUCAAGCAGCUGAAGAAUGUCCUAAAGAGGCCAAUUAUAUGCAUCUGCAACGAUAUCUACUCUCCUGCUCUGCGGCAGCUGCGGAAGAUGGCUCUCGUGGUGACUUUCCCACCUCUGCAGAGCGAAAGACUGGCCGAGAGAUUGAUCAGCAUUGCCGUGCGGGAAAACGUACAGACUGACUUUGGCGCUUUGCUGUCGCUGGCCGAGAAGACGGGAAAUGACAUCCGAUCGUGCAUCUCGAUGAUACAGUUCUUCAGUGCCGCGAAGAAGCCGUUGACACUGAGCGAGGUUCUGAAGGGGAACAUUGGCCAGAAGGAUCAGCACAAGGGACUGUUCGUCAUCUGGGCGAGUAUCUUCCAGACACAGCGACAAAAACCUCAAGUCUUCGACGCCACCGGCGAGAAUACGUCCGAAAUGCAGCCUCAGCAGUCGCGAUUGGAGAACAUUGUGCGCGUGGUGCAAUCCGGGGGCGACUAUGAAAGACUGAUGCAAGGCGUCUUUGAGAACUACCUAAACCAGAAGAUCGGCGACGCGGCGAUGAGGAACACUUCAGAGGUGUGCGAUUGGUUCGUCUUCGCAGACAUGCUGCAGAAGAUGAUAAAUCAACAACAAAACUACGCAAUUUAUCCCUAUUUGCCCUACUCCUUCGCCUUGUGGCACAGCCUUCUCGCCACUCUGCAGCGCGCCACCAUCGCCUUCCCUUCGAAAGGAUUCGAGGUCUUGCAAAAGCUGCAGACGCACAAGAUGCUCAUGAUUGCCCUGAGGAAAGGCCUUGGCAAUACAGUGCGCAGCGUUGGCGAGGGAAAUGUGAUGCUUUUGGACUCGCUUCCGCUUGUGCGGCGAAUCCUGAGUCCCAGCAUCCGAUCGGUGUCUCUGCAACUGCUGACGCCCAAGGAGAGAUCCGAUCUGCAGCACGCUGUGGAAGUGAUGGCAGAUCUUGGUGUGAAGUUCAUGCAAGUUAAGGGCGCCGAUGGAGCGUUCAAGUACCAAAUGGAGCCGGAUAUUGAGCUGAUGAGUGUGUUCAGUGGCUCAGAAGAGGCGCCGCUCAGCUACUGGACACGCCAAAUUGUCGCUCGCGAGGUGGAUUUGGAGAAUAUGCGACGCGCAAAGCCGAAACUCGGUGAAGUGUGCAAGAAAGCCAAUCAUCUGCAGAGUCUGCAACCGAAGAAGGUGACGAGACUUUCCAAAUACAAGGAAAUGGUGGUGAAGGACUUCUUUGGGCGCGUGGUGACGAAACAGGCGCUGUUGUCCGUGAAGGAGGGCGGCAGCGAUGGCCUCGUGAAGAGUCCGAUUUGGUAUCGCUUCAAGGAGGGCUAUAACAAUGCGGUGCGCAAGGACGUCACGCUGUCGGAUCUGUUGUGAAGAAGCAAAUUGGAGAUAAAAGCACAUUUUCUGCAUAA